UCUCCACCGCUCUCUAUCUCUAUAUUUAUUUUCGCCUUCUUAGGUGUGUCGCUUCCACACGACGAGAUCCCGUGUACUCUCUCUCACUCCAGCUUCUCCAACGUUCCGAACACAAAAGAGGCGCCUUUUCGAAACCCUAACCCUAACCCUAAUCCCAAUCCCAAUCUCAAUCCCAAUCCCGAAUCGCGGGGCCUCCGUAGGUACUCCUCCGUGCUCUUCUCCUCCUCUGGAUUUUUUUUUUUUUCUGGGAUUUUUGUUGUUUCGGAUUCGAAUUUGGCGUUUUGGAGGGUUGAUUCGAUCGAACUUGGUGGUUUGAUUCUGUUUCGUAGCUGUUUCCGAUGGAAAGUUGUCGCCUUUUACUAUAAAGUCGUGAUCUUCGAGCAAACCCUAACAAACCCUAGUUCCGAAUUGGUUGGAUCAGCUUCUGAAUCGAAAUUAGGGAUUUUUAUAUCUAAAAUUUGUUCUUGGAUUCAAAAUUUUGAUGCUAACCCUGUUCAUGGAGCAAUUAAUCUCCAAUUGCCCAAUGCUCCCAAUAUUCUUCACCACAUUUUGCAUCAUAUACGCCGUCGGAUACUGCAGCGUGUUCCGAAACUGGUCGAAGUAUCGCUCCGAUGCGUCGAGCUGCUUCAUCUCCUUGUUCCACGGCACCCCGGCCGUUGUUUUGGCUCUCACCGCGAUAAUAACGCAGCCGAGCCGCGGAUUCGACUCCCCUAACACCGAUUUCCAAAACCUAGUUCUCGAAUUUAGUAUUGGCUACUUUCUAGUUGAUCUCCUACAUUACCUGAUAUUUAUCCCCCAAGAGAUCCUCUUCAUUGCUCACCACUUGGCCACACUCUUCGUGUUCGUCACGUGCCGCUACUAUGCCCUGCACGGCGCCUUCGCCCUUCUCGUACUUCUCGUGCUUGCCGAAAUCACCAGUGCUUGCCAGAACAUAUGGACUCUCGCGGGGCUAAGGAGAGAGGAACUGCCCUCAGCUGCGAGGAUAUAUAAGUUUCUGUCUCCCCCGUUCUACGUUUUGUAUACGGCCAUGAGGGGAGUUGCGGGGCCGCUGUUCUUCUACAAGAUGAGUGCUUAUUACUUGAGUGGCAAGGCCCGCGAUGCGAUUCCUUGGUGGGUUUCAGUUUCUUGGAUCGUGGUUGUCGGCGCGGCGAUCUUGGUCAGUAUCAUGUGGAUUUCGAACCUUUGGAUUGUUCUGUUUAAAGAGAUUAGACAAUGCGAGGAGAAGAAGGAGAGAUAGCUCUGGAUGAAUGUACAGUUAAAGGCCAAAGUUUGCUCUCAAAUCGACGCGAAAUUGUGAGUCGAGUGUCUUCAUCGAGCCCUCGACAAAAGAAGAUGUAUAGAAAGCUAAUUUUAGCUCCAGAAUUGGAAGGCUUGCACUCUCGGAAGUACUUAUCAGCAAGUUAGGCAUUUGAAAGUAGGCUUUGUGAUGCACUUUUAGAUGACAAAUUAUUCUCUCAAUUUAUUUUUCUUCAUAUUAGAUUUUUUUUUUUAAUACUGUUCUUAUUUUGUUCAUCCUUUAUGGUAUGUUGGAGAUGAAUAGAUAUUGUGCUUCAAGAAUGUUCCAGAAAGAUGCAUUAUAAUCUCUUAAUUGGUCCUAUUGAUUCCCUUUCUCAAUUACAAAUUACAUUUUACAUUGAUUCUA